AUGGCACAGGCAGGUAGUGGGUCUCCUACGUCUGUUUCUCAGAACUUCGGUGAUGGGUCUCCUGCUGAAGUUUCAUUGCGCAGAGACACAAGCAAGGUUCAAGACCAUACAGGCGAAAAAACCUACAGAUGUGAGCAGUGCGACUAUUCAACAACAAAGAAGAGGAACUUCGAUUAUCAUCUAACAAAACACAAUGGAAAGAAACCCUACAUGUGUGGGGAGUGCGGGGCAACUUUGGGCAGCCAGCUAGCAAAACAAGCCGAUGAGAAACCCUACGUUUGCGGGGAGUGUGGAUACAGGGCAGCUCAAAAGUUUACCCUAACCGAACAUUUGAGAACUCAUACCGGCGAGAGACCAUUCAAGUGUGACCGUUGCAAUUAUUCUGCUGCAUCGAAAUCCACAUUAGACCGCCACCUAACCACACACACCGGUGAGAAACGCUUCAUGUGUGGGGAGUGCGGGUACAGAGCAGCACGGAAGAAAUCCACCUUGGGCAGGCAUCUAGCCAGACACGCCGGUAAGAAACCCCUCAUGUGUGAGGAGUGCGGCUACAGAACAGCUUCGAAGGCUCACUUAGCCCAACACGUGAGAAUCCAUACGGGUGAAAAACCGUUCAAAUGUGACCAGUGUGAUUAUUCUGCCGCACAGAAAUCUGCACUGAGCGUCCAUCUAGCCAAGCACACCAGUAAAAACCCUACUCGUUUGGGGAAUGACAAAAAAAAGAAAAUUAAGAUAUGA